UUGAAAAUUUGUACGUUCAACCCAUAGGCCAACUGUUAUAGACUUGGAUUGCCAUUAUUUCCCCUUGGUUAGUUGGUUUGAGAAAUUAAAGCUAGGUGAGUCGGAUAGCGGUGUAAAUUGUAGAGGAAAGACUUGCAUUGGAAGAAUGGUUGAGGUUCUCAAAGCUGUUCUACCAAAUGACUCCUGAUUUAGGAAAAGUUGGCCACCGAAUGCAACUAAUACAAUGAUCUCUUGCCGUUUAAGGUUCUAUAUAUGUUCCAUCUAUUCUCCUUCGGGGAGACAGGAUUCCAUCUUUUAACUUUGCUACUUAAGCUCUUAGUACCAUAAUAUCCUACGAGACCCUACCUCCAAAUGGCUUUAAAAAAUGUCAAGUUGGGUCUAGCCCUGGUUCUUGUAGGCAUGCUUUGUUAUAAAGCCACAGCUCAGUCUGGUUGCACCAGUGUGCUCAUGGGGUUAGCCCCGUGCUUAAACUACAUUGCAGGAAAUUCGACAACCCCGGCAUCAUCUUGCUGCUCUCAGCUUUCUAGCGUAGUUCAAUCACAGCCACAGUGUCUUUGCUCAGCACUCAGUGGUGGCGGCUCAUCACUAGGUAUUACCAUCAAUCAGACUCGAGCUCUGUCACUCCCCGGAGCUUGCAAUGUGCAGACACCCCCAGUUAGCAGGUGUAACGCUGCCAAUGGUCCAGCAGCUCCCCCAGUGAGCUCCACAGCAAGUCCUCCAGCUGAUAGUUCAGAUGAGACACCUGACACUCCAGCUACAUCAUCAAUGCCAAGCAUUCCUUCAGGAACUGGGUCUAAAACUGUCCCUACAAAAGAAAACAGCACAUCAAAUGGAAAUAUUAUGAAAAUGCCGCUUACUCUCACUCUCUUCACUCUGUUUAUUGCUUCAUACAUUUCUCUUAUCACCUUAUGUUGAGCAUUUUAUGAAAACUAGGAGCUUGUUUACCUACUAGGGUACUACUACUACCAGGCAGCAACGGUUCCCACUUAUUGUUGUUCAGGGUUGUAUUCCUACUUGUGAUGUAUGCUUAAUGGAAGUAUAUGAGUAUAUUGUUGUUUC